UUAUUUGUUCGGGCAUUUGCAAAAGAUGGAAGUAGCAAAAGUAUUUUGGUAGAUGAGAAGAUGACGAUUUCUCAAGUCUGUAGUCAGCUGGCAGACAAGAACCACGUGCGACUGAACCACAAGUUAUCAGUCGUUGAACUAAUGCCUGAACUGCUGAUGGAGCGAAUUCUGGAAGACCAUGAUUCCCUAGUGGAAAAUAUGGUUAUGUGGACCAAAGAUUCCAAGAACAAGAUCAUGUUUGAGGAGAGGAUGGACAAGUAUGACUUGUUCAGAUCUCCAGAGAAAUACCUCCUGGCCACUACUGGAAUGAAGCAAGGCCCUUUGAGUCCAGAAAAGAAGGACAAACUGAUACAGGAGUUCUUUGCCCCUGACAGUUCUUGUGUACCUCCAGUAGAGGGAGCUUUGUACCUAAAAUCGGAUGGCAAGAAAGCAUGGAAGAAAUUCUUUUUUGUCCUCAGAGCGUCUGGACUUUACUACAGUCCUAAAGGAAAAGCAAGCAAGAAUCCUAAGGACCUGGUAUGUCUGGUACAGUUUGAGUAUGUGGAUGUGUAUCAUGGUCUAGGCUGGAAGAAGAAAUACCAUGCUCCUACAGACUACUGUUUUGCUCUGAAGCAUCCACAGAUACAGAAGAAAACAUCUAAAUAUAUCCGGUAUUUUUGUGCUGAGUCAGAAGCUGCUUUUGACCAGUGGGUGAUGGCAAUUAGAACUGUCAAGCUGGGCAAACAGAUGCUGCACAACUAUGAGCAUCUCACACAUGAGAUCUCCAUGUGGGACCAGAGGCAACCGGAAACUGGAUCUGUAACUGCCGAUACAGCUGUGUGCCAGAUGUUGAAUCAUGCUGACCUCAGUGACAGUCGCAUGUCAGUUCCAGAACCUGCUAACUGCCACUCAGUUAUUCAAGUUUUGAGUCGAUCACUGGUGCACAAAUGUACCAUCGGUGAUACUACGAGAAAUGGCAUGAGCAUUGAGGUUCUGCCAGGCCCGCCACACAAAUUUGCUGAAUCUGGGGGAAGUUCUGAUGGAAG